AUGGACGCCCAGCAGCAUCCCAACAAGAAGAUAAAACGGUCGCACGGCGAUGAGGCGCAAAGCCCCGUCUCGACCCCUGCAGCCCCCAAGAAGUUCAACCACACACCGCCUCCCUCGCCGCACGCCGAACGCUCUGCAUCAGCAUCCGACGAGUCGACCGACGCCGCUGUUCCCGUUGUCAAGAAAGUCGACCUCGAGGGCAUCAAUGAUGAGAUUGUCGAGGCUGUCAUCGUCCAACUUCAGGACACCGGCAACCGACCCUAUCUCGUCAAGGAGCUUGCCACUAUCCUCAUGCAGCAGCUCAAGAUCGUUCAACAGUCUGCGAACCCAUGCGCCAUCAUCUCCUCAAGGCUAUCAAGCUACCUGAAGCGAUCGUGCUGGACGGCGCUAGCCCCCUGCCCCUUGGCGAAGGAGCUGGAGACGGUGCAUCCCCGGAGAACAUACUUCUACCUCACCACAUGCCCACAUCAACCACUCCCUGGCCCGGCUGCAGUCCCACUGGCUCAGCGCGCCAUUGUUACGCCUUCGCUAUCCAGCGCCACUUCAACUUCCGAAGAUGCCGACGAGGAAAGGAGACGGGAGUUGAGCCCUUCCCCUGAAGUGGAUCUCUCCUCUCCCGAGUUCGACGACAUGGACGACGACAUUCCAAUGCCGAGCACCCCGAUCGGGUCGCUUACUUCUCGCCAGCCUCAGAUUAGCACCUUCAUGGCACAUAAUCAAAGAGGCGCCUCGCCUCCCCUGGAGAAAGAUGAGAAGGAGUUUACCCAGACUGCAGAUGGGCUGCAGAAGCGAAAGCUUACCGGCGAUCUGCUUUCUUCCUCUACGAAUCCCGUUGAGAACAACAUGGACUUGGACGAUGGAAGAGACGACAGCCUCUUUGGUGACUCAAAGACCUUGUCAGUACACCAGCCGAUGGCUUUUAUCACCAGUCCCGCGAUACGCCCGAGCUUUGCAUUCAACCUUAAAAAGGAGGGAGAGGCCGAAAGCUGGGCCAAGUUAGAUAAUAUGCUCGAAUGGGACCGGAGCCCCGAGAAUAUUGAGCUCGAUGAGCUCGACGGAUUGCUAAGCGGCUACUAA